AUGGAAGGUACGAGGGGAGGUAUGAGGGGUGGUACAAGGAGUGGUACGAGGGGUGGAACAAGGGGAGGUACAAGGGGUGGUACAAGAGGUGGGACAAGGGGUGACUCAAGGGGAGGUACGAGGGGAGGUACGAGGGGUGGUACAAGGGGAGGUACAAGAGGUGGGACAAGGGGUGACACAAGGGGAGGUACGAGGGGUGGUACAAGGAGUGGUACGAGGGGAGGUACAAGAGGUGGGACAAGGGGUGACACAAGGGGAGGUACGAGGGGUGGUACAAGGAGUGGUACGAGGGGCGGUACAAGAGGUGGGACAAGGGGAGGUACGAGGGGUGGUACAAGGAGCGGUACAAGGGGAGGUACAAGAGGUGGGACAAGGGGUGACACAAGGAGUGGUACGAGGGGUGGUACAAGGGGAGGUAUGAGGGGUGGUACGAGGGGUGGUACAAGGGAAGGUACAAGGGGUGGUACAAGGGGUGGUACAAGGGGGAGGUACGAGGGGUGGUACGAGGGGAGGUACAAGGGGAGGUACAAGGAGUGGUACGAGGGGAGGUACGAGGGGCGGUACAAGGGGAGGUACAAGGAGUGUUAUGAGGGGAGGUACAAGGGGUGGUACAAGGGGAGGUACAAGGGGAGGUACGAGGAGUGGUACGAGGGGUGGUACAAGGGGAGGUACAAGGAGUGGUACGAGGGGAGGUACAAGGAGUGGUACGAGGGGAGGUACAAGGGGAGGUACGAGGAGUGGUACGAGGGGAGGUACAAGGGGUGGUACAAGGGGAGGUACGAGGGGUGGUACGAGGGGUGGUACAAGGGAAGGUACAAGGGGAGGUACGAGGGGUGGUACAAGGGGUGGUACAAGGGAAGGUACAAGGGGGGGUACAAGGGAGGGUACAAGGGGUGGUACAAGGGGAGGUACAAGGGGUGGUACGAGGGGAGGUACAAGGGAAGGUACGAGGGGAGGUACGAGGGGUGGUACAAGGGAAAGUACAAGGGGUGGUACAAGGGGAGGUACGAGGGGAGGUACGAGGGGUGGUACAAGGGGUGGUACAAGGAGUGGUACGAAGAGUGGUACGAGGGGAGGUAUGAGGGGUGGUACGAGGAGUGGUACGAGGGGUGGUACGAGGGGUGA